UUUUUUUCCCUCAGUAUAUAAAGGUACGGUGUUAGAAGCAAUUCUGUGUGUAUCUAACGUUUCUCAAGCUCAAGACACUUCUAAGAAUCGUUUUUGUUAAUUUACAUUUUUUUAAUCUUAACGCGAGUUAUAUCAAAUAUUAAAAUGCGAACGAUAGUAAUCCUGUUAGUCCUGGCAUCAGUUGCAUCUCUUGGCCUGGCAGCACCCGCACCCCAACAAGAAAUAACAAUAAUCCGUCAAGAAGAAAACAACAGUAUCGGAGUAGGAGGUUACCAUUUUUCCUACGAGCAGAGUGAUGGACAAAAACGUGAAGAGACGGCGGAGCUCGAGAAUGAAGGCACAGACGACGAAGCAAUGAAAGUAGUCGGUAGCUACAGUUUCGUCGCGCCCGACGGCAAAACCUACAGAGUAGAUUACACCGCGGACCGCGAAGGGUACCACCCCGUGAUCACCCUCGUGUAAUGACCUCACCAACCAAUCAAUUAACCACCAGACAUUUAAUAAAAGCAAAGUAAAAUAAAACUAACAUAUUAAAUGUCUAUCUGUGCAUAAUGUAUAAAAAUAAAUGAUUUAUAUCUCCUGCA